CACACAGCGUUGCCAACCCUAGUGGGCCUCUGACAAUUCAGCUGUUUGUGUUUGUGAAACUCCCGCUUGCAGAAACAGCCAUGGCAGAAUGCAGUGAGAUCCAAGAGGGGUUCUUGUGCCCCAUCUGCCACAAAGACAUGCGAUCGCCCAGCAAUCUGCUAAACCAUUUUCAAGACCAGCAUUCUGAGGACCAGGAGUUUCUAAAGUCCCUCAAAGGCAUCUAUGGAAAGGCCAAAAAGAAAAUCCUGAAAUUGGACGACCAGGAAUUGCAAACUUUCAAAGAGCUCACCCAGGAAAAGUUCUACUUGGACUCAAGUGAUCCACAGGAGCCCGGCCCCUCGCAACGUCACACCAACUACUUCAAGGAAAUCAGGAGGGAGCGACUGGACCACCGGACUACCGAAACUAACAAGCUGAUUAUUAGACUGGAUAGACUGCUAAGGACUUAUGGAUCGGACAGGAAGCAACAGGAGCAGGAAUUAGUGGUUUGGCUAGAUGGAUCAACAGUCACUAGAUGCCCCUCAUGCGCCGCCAGCUUCAACAUCGCCAGAAGGCAGCACCAUUGCAGGCUUUGCGGGACCAUAAUGUGCAACAACUGUUCCCAUUUUCUCCCUUUUGAAGCGGCACACGCGAUUGUUGCCCCAUUAAACAAUGUAAGCGACCGGGAAUAUCUAUCGAAAGACUCAGACACUUUGCGGAUAUGCAGCCAUUGCUUAGACAUGCUGGAGUGCAGGAGAAAAGCGCAAAUCGAUCAGAUGGUUAAGCCGACCAUCUGGCAACUGUACUCGCUUCUGCAAGGCAAUAAGAAGCAAAUCCAGUCCUCAGUUGAACUGUAUAACAAAAUGUUUAAUUCACUAACAUCUGGAGAGACGACGUUUCUGUUGCAAGACGUCCAGGCGUUGCGCUCUCUGAUUGCGGAAAAAGCCCAAAUGAUCGACACUCUCAGCAAAAAAAUCGCAACAGAAAUGGUCGACUCCAACACUCCGAAAGCCGCAGUGGUUCAGAGCAACAUCAGAAAAUCCACCUCCAACUACAUCAAGGAUUCGUUGCUUACGCUGCCUGCUCCUCCUAGUGUGGCCGAACUGGAGAAAAUCCGACAGAAACUUAGUCUGAGCUUCAAGGAAGACAGCGGCGCGUAUCCUGCAGGAGCGCAACCGGUUCAAACAGUUACUGUGACCACUGGAUGGUCACCAGCUCCAGCCAAAGAAGCGGAAGCUUCCGAAGAACAUCCGCUGAUCGAGCAGAUGAGAAUAGUGAAGAACUAUAUUGAUCAGGCACGGAAAGCGCAUAGAUUUGAGGAAGUUGUUUCGUUGGAGGAGAACUUGCGCAUGCUGCAGGAUUCGUACAGGCAACUGCAAGCCACUAGUUAAACGCUUACCUUUCCUAAUAUAUCACUCCAUUCCAUUUGAAGUAAUAA